CAGAACUGUUUCUAGUAAUAUUCGUACUGUCCAGUCUUCAGUGACAGUUGAUUGCAACACUGUAAUGACAUAUUUUCAAUUUCGAUUCACUUUUAUUCAGUUAUUUUUUUCUCAAAAGCUUUUCUCAUCGUUGUCAAGGGAGAAACAACCAAAGAACACAGAGAUCUUGAAGAACCCGACAGCGUUAAUGUAAGAAAACAGCAGAGUCCAGACUGUCAACUGACACGCUGUGGUAGUAAUAUGGAAAGCGCCUAAUAAUGGAACAACUUGAGAAGGUCUCGGUGGAGGAAGAGGGACCUGGGGAGAGAGGCUUGCUCCAUACCUGGAAGGGCUACUCCUGUUCAGUAACACCACAAAGAGUGCUUGGACUUGGGUCAAAGACUGUCCUGCAAGCUGCUCUGGGUACACGACAUGGAGUAAUUCUUACUGAAGGAGGUGAUGUGUACAGCUUUGGAGAGUUGCCAUGGAGACAGGGUUCAGCCAAUCCUGCUCCAGUUCCCAUCCUGGAGCAGGCUCUGAUUGGACAGCGGGUUGUUGCUGUCGCUGCUGGGAGCUUCCACAGCGGAGCAAUCUCUGAAGAUGGCACAGCGUAUAUGUGGGGUGAGAACUCCUCUGGCCAGUGCGGCGUGGCAAGUAAAAACGUGGUCCCAGACCCUAUGGCGAUCAGCAUUGCAGACCCAGAGACAAGCCCGCCUCAACAGAUCCGGAUUAAACAGUUAGCAUGUGGGGAGCAGCACACAAUAGCUCUGUCUGUUCGCAGUGAGGUCUGGGCUUGGGGCAGUGGCUGCCAGCUAGGCCUUGUCACUAGUGUUUUCCCAGUGUCCAAGCCCCAAAAGGUGGAACAUUUAGCAGGCCGGCGAGUGCUUCAAAUAGCCUGUGGGGCCUUCCACAGCCUGGCACUUGUCCAGCGGCUCCCCCCACAGGAGGCCAAGCUUGUCCCAGACAAAUGCAACCACUGUAAUCAGCUGCUGAUCACCAUGACUGACAAGGAGGAUCACGUCAUCAUCUCGGACAGCCACUACUGCCCGCUGGGCGUGGAGCUGACAGAGCAAAGACAGGGUUCUCCCGUACAGAAACUUAGACGGUCCCCCUCAGAACCUUCACUGGCAUGCACUGUUACAGAGCCCAGCAGUAAAGACUCUCAUACGGUGGUCCGCAGAGAUGAGAAAGACCCGGGCACCACUGGACUUCCUCCUGAGGAGAAGGAGAUGAGUGAACACUCAGAUAGGGAGGAUGUGAAAGAACCAGACCCCGAGGCCAACGGGGCAGUGGCCAACCAGCGGGUGAAGAAUUCACCUUACCCUGACGAGCAGGCUGUCAAAGAGUACCUCAAGAGACUGUCAGACCAUUCCCUGGCUGAGCAAACAGCCAAAAAUGCGCAGGGUCUGCAGGCUCGGGAUGAACCUGUAGAUGAUGACCCUGUGGCUCCACCGACUACAGUGUCCUCCACACUGAACAGUCUGGUGGUCUCAUAUGCCUCAGCCGUGGGGGUGAAGGUAGCCUCCACCUACGAGGCUCUGUCGCUGAAGAAGGUGAUGAGCUAUUACUACCCUCCCCCGGGGGGCUGCCCGGUCCCUGCAGAGGGGCUCAAGGAGACCCGCGAGGGGCAGGUCCGACUGGAGGAGUCCAUGCAGGGCAAGAAGAGCUCCAGCCUCGGGGACAUCCGAGAGGAGGAGGCCGAGGGGGUCAGCCGCAGACUCUCCCUGCCAGGCCUGCUUUCUCAAGUUUCUCCAAGACUUCUUCGAAAGGCAAGCCGACCACGAAUGCGGACUGUGGUACUAACCCCCCCAUUUGGCAGCGAGUCUGACGCCUACCUCCCCUCCUUACAGACCGAGGUGUGGAGCUGGGGCAGAGGCAAGGAGGGGCAGCUGGGCCACGGGGACAUUCUCCCCAGGUUGCAGCCUUUGUGUAUCAAGAGUUUGAGCAGCAAAGAGGUGAUUCAGGUGGCUUCAGGGGCACAUCAUUCACUGGCUCUGACUGCCCAGUCACAGGUGUUUUCAUGGGGUAGCAACAACUCUGGACAGCUUGGGCACAUGGAGUUACCCAGCACAAUGCCACGACUGGCCAAGAUGUCUGAGGGUAUACGUGUGUGGGACAUUGCUGCUGGACAGGAGCACACCCUCUUAUUAGCAGAUGGAGAUUGCUUCCAGCCCAUACUGUACUACAGCGGCAAGCAGGUUGCUCAGGAGGGAAGCAAUCCACAGAAAAACGGGGUGUACACCCAGCAGCCUGUACUGCUGCCUUUCUGCAUGAAUCUGGGCUAUGUCAGCAGUGUGUUUUCAGGGGGGCAGAGCUGCCUUGCGCUUGCAGACAGGAACGUCAUGGGCUACAUAGCCAGCCUUCAUGAGCUGGCAUCGGCAGAGAGGAAAUUCUACUGCAGGCUGAGCAGCAUUAAGUCUCAGAUCCUGCGUCCACUGCUGGGGCUCGAGAACCUGUGCACAGCUCUUGGUACCACCUCUAGCCUCCUGCUGCAGACCAUGGCUGGCCGGUUCAGCAAACUCUGUUACUUGACUGGUCAGAAUGUAGCCUCUCUCAACUUGUUUCUCCACAGUACCAAGGAGGUGAAGGGCCUGGGGAUGCUGGAGCACUCUGUGAUAUUUGUGGACAUUUACAAAGAGUACUGGAAGACUGUGGGGGAUUUUCUGGUGAUGGGGGGAUUCCAGGCCCUGGUUAAGCCCUCGCUUGAUUUCUUUGGCAAAAGCCCGGAACUCUUGCAGAGACUGGCAGAAACAAAUGAUGAAAGUGUGCCAUUGUCGGACUUGCUGCUUGCCCUGUUCGACUUGCCAGUCAGACAUCUGCACGAGUAUGGCAAGGUGCUUCUCAAGCUGGCUACCUGCUUUGAAGUGUCUAGUGCAGAUUAUCAGAAGCUUCAGGAUGGCAGUUCAAAGUAUGAAGCCCUUGCCAUACAUCUGAAGAGGAAAAGGAAAGAGGCGGAGUACACAUACCACUUCUGGAAGACAUUCCCUGGGAAAAUGACGGAUUCUUUGAGGAAGCCCUCUCGACGCCUCAUCUGUGAGAGCAGUAACAAAGCACUGACACUGCAGAGCGCAGGGAGAUUCUCUGUCAACUGGUUCAUCCUUUUCAAUGACGCUCUGGUUCACGCACAGUUUUCAACCCACCAUGUAUUCCCUCUGUCCACCCUUUGGGUUGAACCCAUCUCUGAAGAAACCAGUGGCGUGUACGGGCUGAAAAUCACCUCGCCAGAAGAACAGUUUUCUCUGUUGGCUUCGUCCCCUGUGGAAAAGGCUAAGUGGCUGAGAGCAAUCAACCAGGCAGUGGACCAGGAUCUGAAUGGUUGUCCAGAUUUCCUGAUGCCUGGCUCUGGGAGUGUUCAGAGACCGGAACCCCCAAUCUCCAGGACAGCCAAAUACACCUUUUACAAGGAUAGUCGGCUCAAGGAGGCUACCUAUGAAGGACGGUGGCUAGCUGGAAAGCCCAACGGGAAGGGUGUGCUAAAAUGGCAGGAUGGCAGGAUGUACACUGGAACAUUCAAGAAUGGUUUAGAGGAUGGUUUUGGAGAGUAUAUUGUACCAAACAAGGCACUGGGUAAGGAAGAUCAUUACCAAGGCCACUGGAAAGAAGGAAAAAUGUAUGGUUAUGGUACCUACAAAUACGCUUCAGGAGAGGUGUACGAGGGCUCGUUUCAGGACAACAUGCGGCACGGCCAUGGCAUUCUCCGCAGUGGCAAGCUGACAUCAUCCUCCCCCAGCAUGUUCAUUGGGCAGUGGGUACAGGACAAGAAGACAGGCUACGGGGUGUUUGACGACAUCACCAGGGGUGAGAAAUACAUGGGGAUGUGGCAAGACGACCUCCGCCAGGGAAAUGGAGUUAUUGUCACCCAGUUUGGAUUGUACUACGAAGGUGCCUUCAGCAGCAAUAAAAUGAUUGGUUCUGGGAUUCUCCUCUCCGAAGACGACACCCGCUACGAGGGAGAGUUUAUAGAUGACUGGACUCUCAACGGAAAGGGAACUCUGACCAUGCCCAACGGAGAUUACUUUGAGGGAACCUUUAGCGGCGAGUGGGGCACGGGGCUGAAAGUGGCCGGCACUUACUUCAAGCCAAACUUGUAUGAUAGUGACAAGGAGAAGACAGAGACUCUCAGGAAGCUGGGUGUCCUUGCUGUGGCUCCAGAUGAGAAGUGGAGGGCAGUGUUUGACGAAUGCUGGAGUCACUUGGGCUGUGAGAGCCCUGGGCAGGGAGAGAACUGGAGAGCCUGGGAGAACAUUGCAGUUGCCUUGACGACCAGCAGAAGACAACACAAGGACAGCCCUGAAAUGAUGAGUCGAUCUCACAACAAAACACUGGAGAGCUUGGAAGUUAUUCCUCAGCAUGUUGGCCCUGUGACCCUGGAGAAAUAUGAAAACAUCCGAAAAUAUUUAAUAAAGGCUUGUGACACCCCCCUGCACCCCUUGGGGAAGCUGGUGGAGACGCUGGUGGCUGUCUACAGAAUGACCUAUGUGGGAGUGGGUGCCAACCGGCGCUUACUGGAGCAGGCAGUCAAUGAGAUCCAGUCCUACUUGAAACGGAUCUUCCAGAUAGUCAGGUUCCUUUUCUCAGAUCUCCCAGAAGAGGGCAGUGUGAUUCCAAUCCCCAGUGCAGCUUCACAUUGUGACGAGGAAACAGACUGCAGACCAGAAUCAACACAACCUGGCCGCUUGGUGAGCAGCUCUGGCCUGCUCCUCCCGGUGCUGCUGCCCCGCCUGUACCCGCCGCUGUUCACCUUGUACGCACUGGAGAACGAGCGGGAGGAGGAUGUGUACUGGGACUGCGUGCUGAGACUCAACAAGCAGCCCGACCUGGCACUGCUCAACUUCCUGGGAGUGCAACAGAAAUUCUGGCCUGUUUGCAUCUCUGAUUUGGGAGAGAACAAAAAGGUACUGCCAAGCACAAAGGACAUCUGCUUUGCCUCAGCUGUGGAAAGUUUACAACAAAUCAGCACAACCUUUACCCCCACUGACAAACUGCAUGUGAUUCAGCAAACUUUUGAGGAGAUCACGCAGGAAGUGCUUUCACUGCUGAAAAAUGACUUCCUGUGGUCUAUGGACGAUCUGUUCCCUGUGUUCCUGUAUGUGGUUCUACGAGCACGAAUAAGGAAUCUGGGCUCCGAGGUGCACCUCAUUGAAGAUUUGAUGGAUCCCAGUGUUCAAAACGGGGAGCAGGGGAUCAUGUUUACAACACUAAAAGCUUCCUAUUAUCAGAUUCAACAUGAGAAGAUCACAUAAGAGACCAAGCUUCAGCCUCAGGAGGGCUAUGAAUCAGAGCAGUCAGAUUACAUGCUACCUGAAGAAACAUAACAGGGUUCAGAAUUGCAUCGACAUAAGGAAAUGGGACAGUGAGACUUAACAAACGUUACCAGUGCUGUCAAUGGAUGCUGGAUUGGUUAUAAAGCUAAAAUAGGAAGAUGUGUUUUCAGUUACUGCAAUACAAAUAGAGUCUGUGUGUCUGCCAGUGCUGCACCCAUGCUCAGUGACAUUUUAUUGACAGUUAUAUUCUUUACCUAAAUAGGUUACCAGUUCAGUGACCCACUCAAAGAACGUUUUUAAAUGUUAAAUCACCAAGGCAACAGGCAGAUUAUGUUGUUGUACAGCAAUUUGUUUGGCAAUGUACAGCUCAGAUUGAAUAACACAGGUCAUUUUCCUUUACAUACUGGAGAACCCGCAUGUAUCUUUACAAAACACGCGUUUAGGUUUUCAAACCGACAUUAAGCACGCCUGUGUUCCAGUCACGCACAGAUUUUUCUAAUUCCUUUCCACACUGCCUCACCUCUGCAAACAGUGUUUAAUCAUAACUUGAGUGGUGUGUUUGUGUUUUUUUUUUUUGUUUAAUAAAUUAAUUACAAGUUUUCGAUUUGUCUAAACAUGUAAGCAGGAUUUUUUUUUAAAAUAAAUUAUCAUUUAAAACCAAAAAGUACAGUGUCUAAGCAUAAAAUAUUUCCAGAAUUUAAAGUUCUUAUCUGUUCAAAAUUCUUCAAUAUUAUUGCCGUACAGAGUUCAAUAGACAGUGUUAAAAAUGACAUAAUGUGGUCAUCAAGAAAUUCAAAAAUGUGGUUAGAUCAAUCAAACGAAACAAUUGCCUUUUACCAACCAGAUAUAUUUGUUCCUAUUAGGUGGUAGUGUUGCAUUUGUGUUUUAUUUUUAUUGGCACAGCUUGCUAAAUAUAUGAUAGAUUGAAGAUACUGUAGCUAAUGUCUGAGUGAUUUACACACACAGUUCAAGGAGCAUUUGCCGUGUGAUUGGUACUGUGUACCUGAUCAUAAACUUGUCUUCUGUGGUGUUUCAGUUGCUAUGUAUAUUUGUGUAUAAGAUCUGAUGUUAUUCAAACAGCUGUUAAGGUAUGGUCUUACAUUGUGGUGUGUUGCUGUGAGUAUCAGUGAGUGUCCACUAUUUAAACAUUGCAAUAUUACACCAUUAUAAAGUUACUAAUCACUGAAUAGAACCGACAUCUGAUCUUUCUACAAAGCUCCCACAUUAAACAGACAUACUAUAAUAAAAGAUGCCUGUUAUAAUCUUGAACCAGCCACUAUUAUUGUAAACUGUAUACUAUCACUUAACACUGCAGAACCUAAAAAAAAUACUGUAUUUAAAUAUGUGACCAUGGUUAUUUUUUUAUUGAAUUAUUACAACAAGAUCUUAUAUUCUUUUUUAUAAAUAUAAGCACACAUGGAAAUGCAUGUUUUAUUGAAGAAGCUGCAAGGGAUAUGAUAACCUUAUGUGUUCAAUGUCAUGUCUCGGUAUUGCUGGUCACAGGUCGGGUAACCCCAGAGUUAUAAUAUUAUCAUUAUUCCUCUGAAAUUAAAACACAGAUUGAAUCCAUCAUAUUAUGACUCGUAAAGUAGUUAGUGUUAUAAAUAUUUAAAAAACAAAAUAUUAUUAUGGUUAUUUUAGUUGAUGGCAUACUGUAGCAAGCACAAUUCAUGGGCCGCAACAGUAGUAUUAACUAUUUGUACUGUUCAGAUAAUAGUAAAUCUGUGUUCUGAGGGCUAUGGUUUCCAUAGUUUCCCUUUAAACAAAUAAAUCUGCAGUAGCCAGUGUUUUCCUAUAAUCGGUCAGUUUGUAAAGAAGAUACAGGCAGGUUUUCUCAGUGGUCGUGUCCCACUGUUAUUCCAUAUAUAUAUUUUUUAAAACAGGAAAUAUAUUAGUCUUUAUAAAAAGUUGUUUUUGAUCCACUGUGUUGAACAGGUUUAAAUGAUUUAGCUACAUUGUAUUGUUGAUCUCAUGGAUUACGUUGGUUGGUUAGUUAAACAUGUGUUUGCAGGGUGAUCAAAAAAUACUAACAAAGGAAAGUGCCAUGUGAGUCAACAGAAAUAAUCUUCGAGUUGUGGAACACCUUUGGAAUGCUAAGGUUACCACAGUAAUGUAAUUUGUGAGUGAGGUGAAGUCAUAAUGAUAAAGGGUUGGUUACAUUUUUUUAUUCAUUUUUUUUUUUUUUUUUAUCAAGUCAUCUUAAAAAAUCAGAAAUAGUCCAUGGAUAGCAGACAUGGUUUAGUAGAGUUUUUUCAAUGAUGAUUUUAUCAUUUUUAGGAUGUUUAGUGGUUUUAUAAAGUUCUGCAAGUUAACUGAUAAUUAGUUGUAUGUCCCAGUGACAAGGAUGAUGAUGAUGAUGAAGUAUGUUUAUGUAACAUGUAAAUGAUCGGUUGUGCUAAAUUAAGUAUUUACAUGGGAUGUCUCAAUACGAUUUUAAUGACCAGUUACUGCAAAAAUAUUAUGCUCCAAGGCCUACACAUCAUUGGCAGUGCCAUAAAAGAAUAAUGGUAACAUGGUCUUUAAGAAAAAUAAAUAACCCUUUAAAGUGGUGUCAGUAAUAAGUGCACAUUAAAGACUUUUUCCUUUGUGGUUUUCAAUGUAUGUCUCAAAGUCUUAACUUUUUUACAUUACCAGUUUACAUAACUGCACUAAAUCCCAUUGAAUUAAGCAGGCCAUUUAGUCUUAACUGGUAUUCAGAAUUUACUUAAACGUGAAAUCAAACAAGCACUGUUGUGAGUUCGUCUUUCCUCCCAGGCUUUGUGUGCUGCUUUGAUUUUUGUUUAAAAGGGAGACUUGGCUACUUUUCUCAAAUGUGACGAUCCUGUUAACUGUUCUUACCUGAAUGGUGCACUGCAUUACUCUG